CCAGUCAACAUAGGGCGGAGACCUGACGACUUGCUUAGAAACCAAAACAGCUGGCCUUAAAGACAUACACGUUUCCCUUGAAAAGCUAUUCCAGUCUUUCACACCCAAAACACAAAAAUGGAGAUCCAAGACCAAUUCAUGACCCACAAUGGCCUCCGCAAAAGCCACGUAAAUAAUCCCGCUGUCUGCACGUACAGCCGGGGCCUCGAACACAUCUCAGCUACCAAUCCUGCGUUGGUUCUUCUCCAUGGAUAUCCUCAGUCAGCUUAUAUAUGGCGUCACAUGAUACCUUUGCUUCCCAAAUCAGCACCACUCUUCAUCCCAGACCUACCAGGCUAUGGCAACAGCGAGGCCCCAACUGCGCACGACAAGCUCUCCGUCGGCCUCGCAGUCCUAUCCGCACUCCACUCAGUCCUCAAAGAGCAAUCCGAAAACUCCAGCAAAGACGAUACCAUCCCAGUCAUGCUCAUCGGCCACGACCGCGGUGCCCGAAUCGCCCACCGCCUCGGCGUCUCCGGCGCCCCCGACAUCCGUAUCCUCGGCGUCACCCUCAUCGACAUCGUCCCCACAAGCACCCAAUGGGCCGGCGCUGGCAACCCGCACGAAAACGCGGGCUUCUUCCACUGGCCCUUCCUCGCUAACGUCGAGCUCGCGACCAAGAUGAUCACUGCGUACGGCGGCGAUAAGUUUUGCGUUGAUAUGAUUGGGCGUUGGGUGGGGAACACCCCGAAGGGCUUGGCGAGAAUGAAAGAGGGUGAUUCGUAUAAAGUUUAUGCUGACUCUUUCCUCCGUGAGAGCGUGAUUCGGGCGACGUGCCAGGACUAUGAAGCUGGUGCGGGGGUGGACGUUGACGUGCAAAAAGAGGAUCAGAAGGCGGGGAGGAAGUUACAGGUGCCUGUUCUGCUGAUCUAUGGGGCGGAGCACAUAGGGAGGAGGUUUGAUGUUAAGAAAGAGUGGAUAGAUUGGGUUGGGGAGGGCGUGAAGAUAACGGAUCGUGGGUUGGGCGAUGGGAUUGGACAUUUUGCAGCAGAGGAAGCACCGGAAGAGACGACGGAGGCGAUUCUCAGUUGGCAGAAGUCUUUGCUGAAGAGCAGCUAAGAUGAUACUGAUGUGCAGCGAGAUGGGCGCCAAAUUGAGUAAUGAGAAGUGAUUCGUAUAUCAUAGCUCUAUAUGUGCGUUAAUCUAAUGAUGCUUACCCAUCU